AUACCGUCACUUUGCUGCUGGAUUAUGGCGUGUUGGCGUGUUUGGCCGGCUUUCUUCCAUUGUAUUUGUGUUUGAUGGUUAUUGUGGGGUCGUCCGUAUACUUUUCGCGUUUAUUAGGCAUAAAGAAAUAUAGUGUGUGAAAGGGCACACAAAAAUGUCGGACUUUCCCUACUUGGGGAACAGGAUCAGUCUCAUCUCCAGCUCCCAGAUCAGAUAUGAAGGAAUUCUGUACACCAUCGAUACAGUCCAAGGCACAGUGACACUUGCGCAAGUGCGGUCGUUCGGCACAGAGGACCGGCCCACGGAGCGACCGGUGGCCGAGCGCGAUGAGAUCUACGACUUCAUCGUCUUCCGCGGCUCCGACAUCAAGGACAUCAAGCUAUGCAGCGUGCAGAAACCCUACGACGACCCCGCCAUCGUGGAGAUGGGCUCAUCAACGAGCUCCGGCGGCGCGCCGGGCGGCCCGCUGGCGGCCGGCAGCCGCCUCUCCCAGCAGCCGGCGUUCGGGGCAGCGGCGGCCGCCCCGGCGCCGGCCGCCGGCUACGGGCUGAACGGCGCGCCGGCGGCGGCGGCGGCGGCGCCGGCGUCUGCGGCCGUGGGCGGCGCCGUGAGCCGGCUGCCGCCGGCGGCGGCGGCGCCCGGCGGUCCCGUGUCGGCGGCCGUGCCGGCGGCCUCAUCCAGUGAGUCUGCGCCGCUCGUCUCCGGCGGCGGAAUGAUGGACUAUGCGGCACCCGGCCAGCCGCCGGCAGCGGGCGGCGGUGACCUGCUGGCCGGCUCGUCUCGUUCGACGACGCCGUCGCGCCGCUCUCCGACGAUGGACCAGGGGGUGCAGACCCAGCAGGACCGGCAGCACCGGCACCGUGACGGCCAGCAGCGCGGUGGUUACCACAACAACUACCAGCGGGGCGGCGCCGGCGGCGGCGGCGGGUACCGCUCGCAGCGCGGCGGGCGGCGCGGCGGCCGCGGACAGAGCCGGGGCACCUUCCAGGUCAGCGCGCGACCCAUCAAGUUCGACGGCGACUUCGACUUCGAGGAGGCCAACAAGAAGUUCGAGGAGCUGGCCGCCCAGCUGGCCAAAACCAAAAUCACGCCGGCCGGCGGUGAGGAGGAGAACGGCGAGGCCGCUGGCGGUGACGAGUCGGCUGAGGAAGGAGAGCUGCACGAGACAUCCACAGAGGAGCCGCCCGUCUUCUACAACAAGACCAAGUCGUUCUUCGACAACAUCAGCUGUGACGCCAUCGAGAAGGCUCGGGACAACCGGCAGCGCCGACAGGACUGGCAGAAGGAGCGCAAACAGAACCUGGAGACGUUCGGCGUGGAGGGCACGCGGCGCCCGUACCGGCGCGGCGGCUACGGCCGCGGCUACUACAACAACCGGGGCGGACCCGGCGGCGGCGGAGGGUACUACAAUAACCGGGGCGGCGGCGGCUACUACAACAACCGCGGCGGGGGCGGAUACUACAACAACCGCGGCGGCUACCGGGGCUACUACAACAACUACAACAGGGGGUACGGCGGCGGCGGCGGCCGGCGGGGCGGGGGUGACGGCCAGUUCCAGCCGCGGGGCGGCCGCUCCAACCAGGAGGGCCGGUCGGCGGCCGCCGAGGCCCCAGACAACUAAACGGCCGCCUCGCGCCGCCUUCAGUGCAAAACGGACCGUGACGGGCGCUAGAUGACGGCGCGGCGCGAUUUACAGUGACGCGAUUCGGCGCGGUCGGGCCGCGGUUCUGCGCGGCCCGGCGGCGACUCGGCAGUGAGCGCGGCCGCUAUUUGUGUUUUUCCCUGGACUCUGGUGGACUACAUUGCGGGUGUGUCUGUGUGAGCGGACAUGAUGCGGCCAGUGGCGGGCAGAGGUCGCCGCCCGGAGGCGGGCUCGGACGUAACUGCAGAACUGUGACAGAAGGAACACUAUGGCGCGGCAACGAUCGUAUAGUGACGGCACGGGGUGGCGGGCGGCGACGGACAGUGAGCGGAGGUGGCGGCCACGGCCGGGAGGUGAGACCGGGACCGGAGACGGCGCGGCUGAUCUCGCCGAGAGGGGACGCCGGGACUGCAGCGGCCAGCGCCGCGCGGACGGACAGACGGCUAUAUUGGAAUCAGUCGGCCCAGCGGCGGCGGCGGCCGGCCGGCCGGCGUGUAGGGGAUUCCGGCCGACUCGGCCGCCGCUGCCCUCCAAAAUACUCUGUGCUGUAUUAUGAGUUUCGAUGAGUCUAUUCGAUGGAGAAGCUAUUGGGUCUCGGGCAGCCGGCUAUAUUUUGUACCCCCUCUUUUUGAAUAAACCAGCACAGAAGUC